GUAAGAAAUGAUAUUGCAUUCAUAUCUAGCAUACAUGUAGUAUAGACGAGUUAUCUAUCUUUUGGUCUCCAUCAGUCCCGUAUAAGUGAGGGACGUCUCGGCUGUAUUAUGUCACUCAGAUUGGAGAAUACAACGCCACUCUUGGUACAAGGGAGAUAACCUCAUCUGGAUUCAAUUACCAGGAAGUAAACAACCUAUAACAGAAAAUGGCGAUUACCAACUACAAUGAAAACAAAACAGGUGUAAUAAUUAUUGCGGCACUACUUUGAUCACUGUCUGUGAUGAAACCCCAGGAAAUCCUCGUGUUGUUGAGGGGGAUAACACUAUGUUGUACUAUACCCCUUACUCAACCAUUGUGUGCCCGGGAAGACAGUUGUGUAACCAUUCCAGAGAGGGAUUAUUGUAAAACAAGUACGGCCGAUGGUCAGUUCAAGCCUGUUUGUCCAUUGAUGGAGGUACAGUUAGGUAGCCCAAAGUUUGAGACGAUAUACAUUCCCUGCUGUGACAAUAGAUAUAACGGUACCACUCGGAAAUGGUAUUUCUCACGGGAUACAAAGACAUGGAAACUACUCCCGUAUACCAACGAGACGAUAUCAUUUGAUCAAAUAGGUAGACACAAAAUGGGCUUGUAUAGGUGUAUCACUAGUAAUGGUAACCAGACUGUUCAUCUAACAGCAAUUGAUUGUAGAAAAAGUUUUGACAAGCCGGAAGUCAAGUUGUCUAGUGAUACCUCUUAUGUAAAGGCUGAUCAACAGAAUGUCACGUUUUCUUAUCAUGUCAACUUUGGAUGUGACGCUGCAGAAAGAAAUAUCAACAUUAUAUAUCAUAAAGAUGGGCACAACAUAGGGACAACUCGUGUUCCGCCUGUAGUAAUACAGGGCUGUGCAAGCGAUAGAUCUGUGCCGAGGAUCUGCAGAGGAUUUGUAUCUCUCGUGGCAAAACCGGGUGUAGUGGUAUCCAUCACAGCAACAGCAUGCUACAAAGGAACGGCAGAGAAAGUGUCGAGGAACUUCACAGUCCUGAGUGAGGUGCAGUACAGAUCAUCAGACCAGGACAGCACUGUGACGUACCUUCUAAAGACUGUAUUGUUACCCCUUUCGGUCGUGACUAUUUUGGGUUUUCUGUUAGUCACUGCAUUAAUCAGGAGCAAGCUGCAUGUCACAGUGUUGUCAGAGAUGACCUUCGUAAUGUCGAUAACAGGCAAUAGCAAGUCCAUUGGAAGUGACAAGCAAGUGUACAUCUGCCACUGUGAUGAAGAUGUCUCCCCAGCUAAGAAAUUGUACGACAUACUGAUGACCUACGCACAACCGUCACUUAAAGUUGUCUGUUCUGCUGAUUUAACGGGUGGAGGUGCUUCUACUGCAGAAAUCAAUACCAUAAAGAACAGUGAUGUUGUGUUUUUUAUUCCGAACUAUUCAGUAGAAGAAAAAGUUCACGAAAAUAUAUUUAACAGCAUGGUGCAGCACAAAAAUUAUUUCAGGAUAACCAUUCUGGACACAAAUACACAUCAAAAUACAUCGUGUUCGUUUACAGAAAGUAAACUUUUUAAACGAUUAAAACAUAUUGAUAUGAGGCGGGAUAACUUUUUUUCUGAAUUGCAGAAAAGAUUGCCUCCGUGUAUUCGACGGAGGGACAGUAUCGAUAGUGUCACGGGGACAAAUUCUUACACAAACAGGCCUUCCUUUAACCACGAUGGCUACCUGCCUGGGUACCACAUACCCGGUAAACUCACAUAUAGUUUUCCCUAUAGACACUUGCAAACUUGUAGCAGUAAUAUAAGCAUCAUUAUACCACAGGACAUGACUGGUGAAAUCUGUAGUAACCUGUCGCCGAACACAACAGAAACAGGAAGUGACGUAUCUCCUGUGACAAACUUUCAGCGAUCCAAAGCGGCAUUCAAACAUAUUCUGAAACUGACUGUACCUAUAGGAGGAAAUUACUGUCCAAAGGAAGUUACGUCGCCAUGUAGUGCUGAAUCCCCAGAUACGGCAUCUACGUACCUGAGUCCUGAAAUUGGAAUGUGAUCAACAUUAACUUCAUCGACUUAUAAUAUUGACUUCUAUUAUUGAAAACACUGACGAUUCCAUCCAUAUUUGGGGUAUUUGAUAUGAUCAUAUAUUUCAUGAUUCAAGUAUCAACAAGGCAGUGAACAUUUGAAGAAAUGAAACUGCAGUAUCAAACCUAGCAGUCCAUGUGGUAUUUGCUCAAGUGAUAUUGUAAUUUUAUAAACAGAAAUACAUUAAUAUUAUUGUUUUGGAAUGUAUACACUCUUCUGACUAACCAUAGUUCAAUAUUUACACAUCCGACAAAAAGAGUAAUCAUUAUUGAUUUAAUACAGGAAUAGGCUACUCUACAAUAUACUAUAUAGACAUACCAAUGAUAAAUAUUGUUUCUGGCCUAUUUAUCAAGGCAGAUACUAAUGCGACAGCUAUUGGAUGUAGAGUGAUACAAUUUUGUCUUUGAUAGUUAUCAUAUAAGGCACACGAUUAAUUUUGUCCAAAUCUAUUAGAUAAAAUGUGUACUUAAUGA